AUGAAACGUGAAAACGAAGAUAAUUACCAGGAUCAGCAGCAGCAACAACAACCACCGCAAAGUUCUGAUCAAAAUGAACAACAAGCACAAAACACAGAUCAAGAUGAUUCACAAGAUGGUACUAAUGAUACUAACAACUUUAACAACCAGAAUAAUCAAGACAAUGGCGGCGGACCAAACCCACCCAAACGACAAAGAAGAAAUGAUGACGAAGAAAUUCGUCUUUUAAUUCCCAGCAAGUAUAAAGCCCAAGUGAAUGUCGGCGAUUGUCAAGGUCCCGAACGUGUCAUCACCAUCGGUGCAGAUCUGGAUACAUGUUGUAAUGUAAUAUUGGACAUUAUAAAGCACUUGGAUA